GACAAUUAUGUCACUUUGACCAUUUACUCACAUGACUUACCCUUCUUAAAUUCCCCUCCACCUGCCUCCUCUACACUUCCAUGCUCUAAAUUUUUUUCUUCUUUUCUUACUCUCUCAGUCUCUCUUACUCUAGUGAUUCUCAUUUUUGUAACAAGGGAAAGAAAAAAAAAAUGAGGUUCUCAAGUUGUCUCUUGAUUUCAUUUCUUGUUGUAGUGGUUUUCUCAGUAGCUCAUGGGGAUCCUCUUGUUCCUGCACUAAACAUAUUUGGGGACUCUGUGGUUGAUGUGGGAAACAAUAACAACCUUUAUACACUGGUCAAGGCAAACUUUCCUCCUUAUGGCAGAGACUUUGUUAGUCACAGUCCCACUGGAAGAUUUUGCAAUGGAAAGCUUGCCACAGAUUUUACUGCUGAGUUCCUUGGUUUCACUUCAUAUCCACCUGCUUACCUUAGCCAGGAAGCCACUGGCAAGAACCUCUUGACCGGAGCCAAUUUUGCCUCAGCUUCUUCUGGUUAUUAUGACAGUACAGCCCAGCUAUAUCAUGCCAUUUCAUUGAGCCAGCAGUUGAAUUACUACCAGGAAUACCAGACCAAAGUUGUGAACAUGGUUGGAUCAGCCAAAGCCAAAUCCAUAUUUUCUGGUGCAAUCCACCUCCUGAGUGCAGGAAGCAGUGAUUUCAUUCAGAACUACUAUAUCAAUCCCCUCCUUUAUAGAGCAUACUCGCCUGAUCAAUUCUCAGACAUCCUCAUCAGAUCUUACUCGACCUUCAUUCAGAACCUCUAUGGACUGGGGGCAAGGAGGAUUGGCGUGACAGGCCUACCGCCAACAGGGUGUUUGCCUGCAGCCAUCACGCUUUUUGGCUUAGGAAGCAAUCAGUGUGUUGAAAGAUUGAACAAAGAUGCCAUUUCAUUCAACAAAAAGAUAAACAGCACAUCUCAAAGUUUGCAGAAAAAACUUCCCGGUCUCAAGCUCGUGGUGUUUGAUAUCUACCAGCCUCUGUUAGAUAUGGUUACAAAGCCUGCUGACAAUGGCUUUUUUGAAUCAAGAAGAGCUUGCUGCGGAACAGGUACAGUAGAGACCUCACUGCUUUGCAAUGCCAGGUCACCAGGGACAUGCUCCAAUGCGACAGAUUAUGUGUUUUGGGAUGGAUUCCAUCCCUCUGAAGCCGCUAAUAAGGUCUUGGCUAGCGAUCUACUUUCGCAGGGAAUCUCCCUCAUCUAGUAAAGUUAUGCUGACAACACUUUUGUCUGAAUGAGUGGUAGAAUGAAAUUAAUCUGUUUUAUUUAACUUAUUUAGCUUAUGCAUAACAUUCUAGGUACAACUGUACUUUUUCCCAGCUUAUUUUUUAAGCCCAAUAAGCCAAUGAAAAGAAGCUCUCUCAAACAA